AUGGAAAGGGUCAAUCAAACCAGCAGUGUCACUGAAUUCAUCCUCCUGGGACUAUCCUCCCGGCCCAAGGACCAGAAGCCACUUUUUGUCCUCUUCCUCACCAUGUACCUCGUCACUGUGGUCGGGAACUUGCUCAUCAUUCUGGUCAUCCACUCAGACACUCGGCUCCAGACACCCAUGUAUUUUUUCCUCAGCAUCUUAUCUUUCAUUGAUGUUUGCUAUACAACAACCAUCAUUCCCAAAAUGCUGGUAAACUUUCUGUCAAAGAAGAAGACCAUCUCCUAUGCUGAGUGUAUGACCCAAAUGUAUUUCUUCUUGGCUUUUGCCAACACAGAAAGCUACCUCCUGGCAGCCAUGGCCAUUGACCGCUAUGUUGCCAUCUGUGACCCCUUCUACUAUGUCACUACCAUGAGCCACUGCCGCUGUGUCGUGCUGCUGGCCUUCUCCUGCUCCAUCUCUCACCUCCAUUCUCUUUUGCUAGUUCUUCUGAUUAAUCGUCUCAUCUUCUGUGACUCCAAUGUUAUCCACCACUUCCUCUGUGACAUCAACCCUCUAUUGAAAUUGUCCUGUUCCUCCACAUUUGUCAAUGAAAUGGUAAUUAACACAGAAGGAUUGAUAACCUUGGUGACACCCUUUAUUUGCGUCGUCAUCUCUUACCUACGAAUUCUCAUUGCUGUUCUUAAGAUCCCCUCGGUUGCUGGGAAGCGGAAAGCCUUCUCCACCUGUGGCUCCCAUCUCACCAUGGUGACUCUCUUUUAUGGAAGCAUAAUUUAUGUUUAUUUCCGACCUCUAAUCUCCCCCACCACAGUGCCCUGGAUCCUGCACCCAGCAUAUGAUCAAAAGUUGGUUCUCAUCGGCUAG